GAAGAACAAAAACUGAGGAAAAGAAAAGACGACGUAAAAAACGUAAACAUAAAAACAUAAAACGUAAAAAUUGGAAAAUAAUAGACAAAUUGUAAUAAAAGUUUACUGUCACACUAUUUUCGUAAUUCAAGACGUUUUUUAUUUGAAUAUUUAAAAGUUCCGGCGAUGGCUUAUUCACAACCGGGCUAUUCUGAUAAAAAGAUUGACAUUAUAUUAGAAUGGCUAAAUAAAUAUCCUUGUAAUGAAGGCGAUCCCGUUUUAUUUGGCGAGGACACGCUCGACAGAACAAUUCAUUCACAAACAUCAUCAAUUUCGUCAGGCGGAUCGGUUAAAAAAGAAAGAAAAACGUUACUUAAAAUAUUUGAGGUUGUUUCGUCCAUUACCAUCGAUAGCCAUCCGAACAAUAUUAGAGCAAUGGACCCAAAUGAACUGGUAUCCAUUGAAUUUACUCUUAAUACCAUCAAGAUGAAAAUGAUGAAACUGAUGAGUGAUUGUGAAUCGAAUGAGAUGCAGGUCAUUACGGACAAACCUCAAUACGUUCCGAUUGAGACAACAGCGAACCGGCGACGCAUCCCUGUUUCAUUGAAGAAACUAAUUAGCCGUCUUUCAUCGAUGGUCUCAGAUCUGAGUAUGACGCUAAAAAGCGGCGAACUGUCCGAUAGUGAUAGAGCUUACUUCGUUAAAGGGUUGAAUGAAUUGAUAAAGAGUAUCACCUCAGCCUGUGAAACAAUUGCAGCGGAAUACAAAACUAGUUCACACUCAUCCAUUGCCACGUCUCCGACCGUCUUUUGAAUAGCAGUUGCUGCAAAUAAUUAUUAUUUAAAAACAGCUUUUUGUAUAUUGCGGUUGUUUUUGUAGCAACUUUAUGUUGGUUUAUAAAUCUUGGCAAUCUAUAAAGUGUAUAAAUGUAGCGAUA